CAACGGGUUGACAGGACGCCCUAGGCUACCUCUAUGAAUUCUGGAAAAGGGAGACUUGGACAUCCACCUUUUCCAAUGAGAUUACCUGAGAAUCUGGGGACUCCUGCUGCAGGCCCCGAAGCUCUUCCUGAGAGAGUGAUGAUGGAUGAGGAACCUCCGGCCUCCCGACGCUGGGAGGCGCUGUGAUCUCUCAGCGACCUCUUGGCGACCGGAACACGCGGCGCAAGCGCAGUCUCGGCUUUUUAAGCCGGUUUCACACGUGUAAACCUCGUGGGCAAGUUUUCAAGUUUUUCGACCAAAAUGCCCAAAUUCAAGGUGACGCGUGGGGCCAGAAGUCAGGAGAAGCACGCACCUCUGGCCGAGCAGAUCUUGGCUGGGAACGCAGUGCGCGCAGGGACCCGAGAAAAACGGCGGGGGCGUGAGGUCGAAGAAGAGGAAGAGUACGUGGGACCCCGGCUGAGCAGACGGAUUUUGCAGCAAGCCCGACAACAGCAGGAGGAGCUCGAGACUGACCAUGGCACUGGAGAUCGGCCAGCACCAUCGCGAGAGCGCGCCACGCGGCUGGGGCCGGGAUUGCCACAGGAUGGGUCGGAUGAGGAAGAUGAGGAAUGGCCCACCCUGGAGAAGGCAGCCAAAAUGACCGGGGUAGACCACCAGGCAGAGGUGGUUGUGGACCCUGAAGAUGAGCGUGCCAUUGAAAUGUUCAUGAACAAGAACCCUCCCGUGAGGCGCACUCUGGCUGACAUCAUCAUGGAGAAGUUGACUGAGAAGCAGACAGAGGUGGAGACUGUCAUGUCAGAGGUAUCGGGUUUCCCUAUGCCUCAGCUGGAUCCCCGGGUCCUGGAAGUGUACCGAGGAGUCCGGGAGGUGUUAUGUAAGUACCGCAGUGGGAAACUGCCCAAGGCUUUUAAGAUCAUCCCUGCACUGUCCAACUGGGAGCAGAUCCUUUAUGUCACUGAGCCUGAGGCCUGGACUGCAGCUGCCAUGUACCAAGCCACCAGGAUUUUUGCCUCUAACCUGAAGGAGCGCAUGGCUCAGCGCUUCUACAACCUUGUCCUGCUUCCCCGAGUGCGAGAUGACAUUGCUGAAUACAAACGACUCAACUUUCACCUCUACAUGGCGCUCAAGAAGGCCCUGUUCAAGCCUGGAGCCUGGUUCAAAGGAAUCCUGAUCCCGCUGUGUGAGUCCGGCACCUGUACCCUCCGAGAAGCCAUCAUCGUGGGCAGCAUCAUCACCAAGUGCUCCAUCCCCGUGCUGCACUCCAGUGCAGCCAUGCUGAAGAUCGCUGAAAUGGAAUACAGCGGUGCCAACAGCAUCUUCCUGCGCCUGCUGCUGGAUAAGAAGUACGCAUUGCCCUACCGCGUGCUUGACGCUCUCGUCUUCCACUUUCUGGCCUUCCGGACGGAGAAGCGCCAGCUGCCUGUGCUCUGGCACCAGUGCCUGCUGACACUAGCACAGCGCUACAAGGCCGACCUGGCCACGGAACAGAAGGAGGCCCUCCUGGAACUGCUUCGGCUGCAGCCCCACCCGCAGCUGUCCCCUGAAAUCAGGCGUGAGCUUCAGAGUGCAGUCCCCAGAGACGUGGAGGAUGGUGGUGUCACCAUGGAAUGAGAACAGUCACUUGUGUUGGCCCAGGGGGCGCGGGAGGACCCCAGGACCCCAGCUGGUGUAGACCUAGGUCAAGACACUGCAUCUGGUGGGCUUUCUCUGCCGUCGUAGACUUCGGUCCCUGAGCUAACUGGAGUUACCUCAGUUCAGUCAGCAGCCCCACAACCCACCUGGCACUUGGUAUAAGGGCUGCUCUCUCCAGAUACCGUGUAAGCUUGCUGGGGUGCGGAGAAAACAGGUAGUUAUUUAUUGCAGCUCUUGUGUUUCGGUCCCUGAAGGUUCCUGCCUCUCUCCACCCUCACCCCACGGGGAGCGGUUGGGAGUCACUACUGGCUCUUCCCAACUCAGAAGAGUGGGUUCUUCUCACAGAACCCUCACCCCACCUUAUUCUUCAAAGGAGUGUCUCUAGACUCUUGCUUCCUUUGUUCUUCACAGGGAGAAUGUGCGGACACGCCCCUGACUCUUAACAGGACAUACAGUCAGGGACUAUUUUAGGGAGGCCAGAUUCUGCUGCCAUGUUGGAAAGGUGUCUGUUGGAAAAGUGGCAGUUGUUCACCAUCAGGGAAGACUAUAUUGCAGGAGCAGGCCCUUGCUAGGGGACAGUGACACAACAAAAUCAGGAAAAAAUGGGAUUUCCUCCUAGCUAUGGAGAGCAACCAGAACUUUAGGCUGGCUGAGACGCCAGGUCAGGUUUUAAGACAGGGUUUCCCUGUGUAUCCUUGCCUGUCCUGGAACUCAUGUAGGCCAGGCUGGCCCUGAAUUU